GAUGGCGGACGUUUCUAUGAAGAAAGUGAAAGAUCUGAUCGCGAAGAAAGAUGCUAUUGAAAAGGAAAUUAAGGAGUUUCAAGACGUCCUAGACUCGCAAAAAGGAGUUGGGAUGAACGAAAAGCUGAUUGACGCAGACAAUUACCCUCGUUCAGACAUUGAUGUUUAUACCGUGAGAGUCGCAAGAAAUCGGAUUAUAUGUCUUCAGAAUGACCACAAGGCGCUGAUGAAAGAAAUAGAGGAAGGAAUUCAUGAAGUACAUGCUCAAGCACGAGAACAAAAAAAUAAACAAGAGACUCAACAAGACCAGGAAGUGGAAGAUAUUUCGACCAAACUAAAAGCUUUCCUCAGAGUGGAUUCAGUAGCUAAUGCAUCACCGUCAUUCCAAGCUGGUUUGAAAGCUGGUGAUCGCAUCUUACAAUUUGGUUCCAUAAAUGGUGAAAACUUUCACAGCCUUGCAGACAUAGCUUCUAUUGUACAGCACAGCAAAGGGAGACCAGUGAAUGUAACUGUUGAAAGAGGAGAGAGAACAAAGGCAAUCACUCUCACUCCAAACACAUGGAGUGGCCAAGGACUUCUAGGUUGCCACAUUGUACCUGUGAAAUAGAAGCAAGUUUUUGCAAGUUAGUUUGUUAACCAGCAAGUUAUCAACAAAGAAAACUAUGCCAGCAACAUUCAAGCCCAAAUUUUAAAAUGUUCAUAUCCAACUGGGUAAACAAGUUAGCAACGUGAAGGAUGUUAGUCCAGGACAGAGCAUCGAGCAAAGUAACUCCAUAUUUUGAACCUUCUGAUGAAUGAGAUGGCAUGAAAAGCCCUUUGUGUAUUGCUCCUAUCUUGCACUGCCCUAAACAACAACAGGGUGUUUCACUUCUACUUGAAAUUUUUAUAUACUGUACCACUGGGAAUAGACAUAUUAAGUUAUUAACAACUGACAGUGUAAUAUGACAAAUUGUUUGACAUGCCAAGGUUAUGUAAAGUAUAUGUACAGUACCAAAAAGCUCAUAAGACAGUACAUUACCCAGUAUGUUGCGAUAAAAUACAGAAACAUUUCUAAUUCAGUACAAUCUGGUCACCUUACCUUCUUACAAAUUAAAUUUGACACAGUAAUAAUUUCAGCCUUUUGUGUGCAAAGAUUUUCUGAAGUUGUGUUGUAAAAGUACAUGUACUUCACAGAGUGUUGCUGGGCUCAUAUUUUCAGGUUUAUUAGUCACAAUCUGACCUCAUUUGUUAAUGACUACUGAACGUAACUUUGUGACUUUUGGAAACUACAUUUUGAGGAUAAUCAAAUCAAUUAACAAGUGUUUUGAUCAAUAAGCUUUCUGAAAACAAAGCAAUUGUACAAAUAGUUUUUUUUCCCCAUAAAAAUCAUAGUUGAACAACUUCUUGUCCCUUGUACCCUCAGGAGUGACCUGUGAGUUAUUUUCCUUUACAAUGUCCACACUUUGUGAAGAGGAAAGGCAAUGAAAAGAUGGAAAAAUGAAAACUUAGAAAUAUUGUUUAAUUUAAUACCAAAAUGUGUCUGCUAAGAAGAUAAGAAAUGUAUGGCUGACAGUUCUGAUAGUUGAUCUUUAGAUCUUGGAAGCAAAAUGGCUCAAUCACUCUAAACACAAGUGUCAAAGUUUCACCUACUUCAAACUUACCAGUAAAUACACUUGGGUUAUUACACUCCAUUUUAAAAUAAAUAGUACAUACCGAAUAAAGACUGCAAGCAGAUUAUCUGACUGCACCUAAGAAACAGUGCCAGCACCACACAACAAUACAAGUUUGUAAUUUAAGCAAUUACUGUUUGCCCUACUUAUGUCCAUAAUGAGUGCAACAUAAUUAUAUAAUUACAAAGAGUAAAAAUCCCUUCAUUCUUCUUAGUGAAGUGUUGAGUUGCUGAGGCUGCUGAUGCUGUUGUAGGCUUGAUAACCAAUUGGUUUUUCAGAAAUCAAGCCUUGCUUCUUUCCCACUCUUUAGGGAGGAAAUCUAAGACCAGACUUGAGAAAGCUUAUUGUUGUUUCAGCAGUUCAAAAACUCUGCCAUUAUCAUAUCAGCUGAGAUUUGUGUUCUGGAUAACAGAGUGAAGAAUUUCAAGUCCAUGCAUUUCUUUUAGCUUUUCAA